AUGGCAGUUCAAGAUUCAUAUUGUGGCUCAUUUCUUCUUGAUGCUGAACUAGACAAACCAAAGAUUUUAACAAGUCCCAACUAUCCUGCUAACUACCCUCCUCAGGCAAAAUGUUCUUGGCUUAUCACAGCACCUCCAGGGCAUUUUGUAAAACUGAACUUCACUAACUUUGACCUGGGGGGCUCUGAUUAUAAGUACUUUGGAAAAUGCAGAGACAAAGCACAUACUUUAGAAGUAACUGAUCUCAAUCAAAGCUAUCCAGGAAUGUAUGUGAGAAACUUCCAGCUUGGAAGGUACUGUGGCAGCAUUGUACCUGCCAAUGUGAUUUCUUCCAAGAGAUACUUGACUUUAGUCUUUUCAAGUAGACUUAAAAAUAAUCAUCCUACAAAGCAAGGCUUCAGAUUGGAGUACUUUGCCCUUUCCUCCCCUGCCAGUUACUAUUCCAUGUGUAUUGGAAGGCGUUCUUCAAUAAUGUCAAGUUACGUAUACACUAUUUCUUCUCCUGUAAUUUUGAAAUUGAAUGCUUCUAGUAAUUACCAAUAUAUCAGAAGCCCUCUGUACCCAGAAAAAUACCCAAGCAAUUUGUACUGCCGUUGGCAUAUCACGGCUUCGUCAAGCUCCAAGAGAAUCAAAGCUGAAGUGACUGACUUGAAGAUCAGCAACAAGCUUUUCAUCAGCUUUGAUUUAUAUGGAUAUCCAACAUGUUCAAAAUCAAGUGAUGACACAUUAAAGAUUUAUGACUCAUUUAGUUCAAGUAACUUGAUUGGARAAUACUGUGGCAAGUAUAUACCAGCAAAUGUGGUAUCGUCUGGCCGGUACCUUUACCUGGUAUUCUACAGUAACUCCAAGUUCUAUUCAGCUGAUAGAGGCUUCAAGUUGGAAUACAAUGCUAUUUCUGAUCCAGGUAAUGAUUCGUCAAUUUGUUCACCAUUUAACUCAGUCUUCACUAAUAAAAACAUCAGAUUGACAGCAUCAAGUACCAGAAAGUACAUCCAAAGUCCACUGUACCCUGCUAGGUACCCUAGUAACAUUGAGUGUGUUUGGUACAUCACUGCGUCAUCAAGCUCAAAGAAAAUCAAACUCACAGUGACAAACCAGAAGAUUUAUAAUUACGCCAUGUUUUCAUGUAGCAGUGCCAGUGACUACGAUUUCUUAAAAGUAAAAGAUGGUUCAUCUCUUUCUAGUUCAUUGUUGAAAGAAAUGUGUAGUAYAAGCWAUUCAUCAWCRAGUGUCACUUCCUCUGGUCGUYAUAUGACAGUGCAGUUCAAAACAAAUCUUGAUAACUACUWUAAUGGUGCUACAACUGGAUUCAAAGCUGAGKUUGUUGAACUUGAUAAUACCAGUGGUGAGUGUCAUGACAAUAGUAUAUUACUCUAGGCAAGUGAAAAAACUAAAAGCACUAAAAGAGAAACAUAGUUCAGUUAAACCAGCUAUUACACUUGUGCAAAUUGGCUUUUAAAUGGAAAUGUUUUACUAAAUCUGAAAUUUUACAGCCAUAAUACCCGGCAAGAUUAGGUCUAUAUUAGCCAUUAAAUAGACUUGGAAAGUUCUGUGAGUUCUGUGUGCAAUACCCUGACAAUGAUGUGUAUGCUGA